UUCUGGCUGCCAUCUGUGGCAGUAUCGAUAAACUGUGUAUCUGGCUUUCAACCUGUUGAACGACGACAUUCGAGUGGCUCCACAAGCAAGAUUGACGUAUUUUGCCUUGUGAGAGACGAGUGAAUUCUCUCUGGCAGCCUCUCUAAACCACAACUUACUUAAGGUGUUCAAUUUUGCUGUGGAUAUAUUUGGACAAUCAAGAUGAACAGAGAAGACCAGGAAUUUUCUUUACGUUGGAACAACCAUGAAAGUAACCUUUGCUUGGUUUUGGAAUCCAUGCUCAAAAGAGGGGCGCUUGUAGAUGUCACGCUGUCCUGUGAGGGCAAGUCAUUCCGUGUCCAUCGUGCCAUCCUCUCUGCAUGCAGUCCCUACUUUGAGGAACUUUUCAUAGAAACAGUUCACUCUCAUCCAAUUGUCAUCCUAAGAGAUGUUAAGGCAGAGGAGCUUCAAGCUCUGAUUGAUUUCAUGUACACUGGCCAAGUCACUGUUAGCCAGGGCAAGUUGGCUGGAUUCCUGAAAACUGCACAGAGCCUAAAAGUCAGAGGUCUUGCUAAUGCUCAGCAAUACCAGGAGGAUUUUAUACUAAAUCCUGAUAGUCAUAUACCUCCACACAAGAGGAGAAGAAAUUUCUCUGCUGAUGUCACUCAACCCUCUUUCACUGUUGACUCCAAAGAACAAAACCAUUCCUUUGAGGAGCCAACAGAUUUAUCCCUUCCAAAGUUUGAACCAGAGGUUUCUUUCCAACCUGUCAUCCAAGCAGUUUCCUACUCUGCCAUGGAUCCCACCAAUACCAAGCACCCUAAUAAAAUUUACCUGAAACCCAAAGAAGCAUUAAUAUCUCCACCUUCAUCGGAAAUCAGCGACGGUUCAGAUAAAUCAGUUCAUGAACAAGAAAAUUCGCCAAGGGUGCCAUCCAAUCCCGAUGAUUUCCGCGUGAAUUUCAGGCACGAAAAUAGGAUGUUUGCAGACAAAAAUAACGAGCCCGGUACCUCUUCUCAUAGUUAUAGCGACGACGAAGAUGGAGAGCAAAGCUUCCAUGACUCGGAAAUAGGCACUCCUAUGGUGCGGAGUGGUAUUUGCAACGUGUGUGGCUGUUUCCGAUCGGAUUUACGUCAACAUAUGGAAAGUCAUAGCGGUCAAAGUUUUCAGUGUCAUUUGUGCGGUCGUGCUUAUCCUCGUCGAAAAACAUUAAACCAGCAUAUUAAAAGGUCGCAUCAAGUUUAUGCCAGGGCAGUACAAUCUACCGAAACUGUUAUAGAAUCCCGCUCAUCGAUGACCAGCCAUGGAGAACAUAUUUGAUCUCUUUGUUAAACUGUCAAGAAAGAGCAUUCCGAUAUCUUGCUGUAUUGCUUUUACAACAUUCAACCAAAGUUCUCUUUAGGGACGCACUUCUCAAAUUUCAAACCACUUUAGUAGUGGUUGUAUAAGUAGUUUGAGUACCUGAUAUCUAGAUUUUGGACUCGUGGUAGUUCGUGCAACUUCAAAUUGAUUUUUGUUGGUUAGAACACGGAGACAAUGAACGAUACUUGGUGUUGUCAGUUUGUUUGUUUGUUGUGUUUUGCCUGUUCCUCAUGUUCUCUAGCUGUUGCGGAGUAAAUGAACUAUAUAGUACGGUGGUCUGUUUUCCGAGUGUAAUGGUCGUGUAUUUCUACGGGGUGUUACAAACAAAAUUACAUGUAAACGCAUUUUAUUGAAUGAAUAAACUAAACAAGAAUUAAAAAUUCUAAAAAA